GCCCCCGCCCUCCCCGGACCCCCGCGGCGCAGGCGCAGUAGCGCGGGCGGAGGGCCGCGUCGCCUGGCCAUGUCCGACAACGAGGACAAUUUCGAUGGUGAUGACUUUGAUGAUGUGGAGGAGGAUGAAGGGCUAGAUGACCUAGAGAAUGCAGAGGAGGAGGGGCAGGAGAACGUGGAGAUCCUCCCGUCCGGGGAGCGGCAGCAGGCGAACCAGAAGCGGAUCACCACGCCCUACAUGACCAAGUACGAGCGAGCCCGAGUCCUCGGCACCCGGGCCCUGCAGAUUGCGAUGUGUGCACCAGUGAUGGUGGAGCUGGAAGGAGAGACAGACCCCCUGCUCAUCGCCAUGAAGGAGCUCAAGGCCCGCAAGAUUCCCAUCAUCAUCCGGCGUUACCUGCCCGACGGCAGCUAUGAGGACUGGGGGGUGGACGAACUGAUCAUCACCGAUUGAGCUGGACCGCCCUCUCCCCUCAGCCGCUCCUCUGGCUUUUACUCUGCCUUUUUUUAUGUGUACAUAAUAAAGCCCCUUCACCCUGCC